AAGGUUAAGUACAGUACAUUCCACUACUGUAAAGCACCAAAUAAACAGUAAGUAAUCACAAUAAGACACAAUUCAGAUUAUUUAGUGAUGUUUUUUAUUUAUUUACAGUGAGUAUUUAAUGUGUGGAGCCUCCCCGGUCAGUCUUCCACAGCUAGAGGGAGACAGUGUUUCUUGUGGGACGCCUUGGCUGCUCAGAGGACCGUCUUUGCCGACAUGUCCUUGUUUGUGCGUUUUAAUCAGCGAUUGGAAAAUAACAGGUAGCCUCGUCCGUCCGCCUCUCGCACCCAUAUACACCCAGGAGGGACGGAGAGGGGUGAAAAAAAAAAACCCACCACCAUAAACCACAUUUGACGCUGCUGGGUUUCAGGGUUGGCUUGUUGUUUUGUGUUUUUUUUUCUGGGUGCCGACAGGAGCGGCAGCAGCAGUCCGCAGGGUCUCACAGCAGCAGCAGCCGGGCUGAAUCGCAACGUGUUUGUUAGUGAGUGUCACCGCAGUCGGGCUGUGUAUUUAUAUGAAGCAGACUGAUUUAAUGGGGCUGCCGCCAGCCCGUCUCCCCGCCUCUGGACAGCUGGUCGCCGCUUGAAUUUGGACCCACUAAAGACGACAUUGUGGAUAUGGAAUGGUGCAUGCAGCUGGGCCAAGUUUUCAGCCUCUGAAAAACACCGGAAUCAUGGACAGUCAUCCGCUGUGCACCAGACUUUGUCCACACGCUCUGGACAAAGAAGAUGGCGCUGAGAGGCAAGGUCCUGUCACUCUCAACCCUCGGCACAUGAGGAAGGCGUUCAAAGUCAUGAACGAGCUGCGCAGCCAGAGCUUGUUGUGUGACGUGACCAUAGUGGCGGAGGACGUAGAGAUCUCUGCUCACAGGGUGGUUCUGGCUGCAGGGAGCCCCUACUUCCACGCUAUGUUUACAGGUGAGAUGGCAGAGAGCCGGGCGAAACGAGUUCGGAUAAAGGAGAUGGACGGUUGGACUCUGGGUCUGCUGGUCGAUUACAUCUACACAGCAGAGAUACAGGUCACAGAGGAUAACGUGCAGGCGUUGCUGCCUGCAGCCGGCCUGCUGCAGCUCAACGAGGUGAAAAAGGCUUGUUGUGAGUUCCUCAGCUCGCAGCUUCAUCCAUCCAACUGUCUGGGAAUACGAGCCUUCGCUGACCUCCACGCCUGCUCUCAGCUCCUCACACAGGCCAACAGCUAUGCAGAGCAACAUUUCACUGAGGUGGUUGGGAGUGAAGAGUUCCUCAAUCUGGGCAUGGAGCAGGUGUCCAGCCUGAUCGCCAGCGACAAGCUCACCAUCCCCACAGAGGAGAAGGUGUUUGAGGCGGUGAUCGCUUGGGUCAACCACGAUAAAGAUGUCCGGCAGGAACACUUGGCUCACCUGAUGGAGCAUGUCCGCCUGCCGCUCCUCUCCAGAGAAUACCUGGUGCAGCGGGUGGAGGAGGAGUCUCUGAUUAAGAACAGCAGUGCGUGUAAAGACUACCUGAUUGAGGCCAUGAAGUACCACCUGCUGCCCGCCGACCAGAGAGCUCUGAUGAAGACGGCACGCACACGCAUGAGGACUCCAGCGUGUUGUCCCAAGGUGAUGGUUGUGGUUGGAGGUCAGGCUCCGAAGGCCAUCCGCAGUGUUGAAUGUUACGACUUUGAGGAGCAGCGGUGGUACCAGGUGGCCGAGCUCCCCACCAGGAGGUGCAGAGCAGGUGUGGUGUUUGUGGGUGGGUGUGUGUACGCGGUCGGUGGGUUCAACGGUUCUUUGCGUGUGCGGACGGUCGACUGUUACGACCCGAUGAUGGACCGCUGGACGAGUGUGAGCAGCAUGCAGGACCGCCGGUCAACGCUCGGCGCCGCGGUGCUCAACGGGCUUCUGUACGCUGUGGGAGGCUUUGACGGCAGCACAGGUUUGUCAACAAUCGAGGCGUACAACGCGAAGACAGACGAGUGGUUCCAUGUGUUACCCAUGAGCACCCGGCGGAGCAGUGUGGGAGUGGGUGUCGUCAAUGGGAUCCUGUAUGCAGUUGGAGGUUACGAUGGUGCGACACGACAAUGUUUAAGUACAGUCGAAGCUUACAACCCGAAAAGCAACACGUGGAGUUAUAUCGCAGAGAUGGGAACGAGACGCAGCGGAGCAGGUGUCGGCGUGUUAAAAGGUUUACUUUAUGCUGUCGGAGGUCACGACGGUCCGUUGGUGAGGAAGAGCUGUGAAGUUUACGACCCGACCUCAAACAGCUGGCGGCAGGUCGCCGACAUGAACAUGUGUCGACGCAACGCAGGUGUGUGUGCUGUAAACAACGUACUGUAUGUGGUGGGAGGAGAUGACGGCAGCUGCAAUCUGGCCUCCGUGGAGUUCUACAAUCCAAACACGGACAAGUGGACACUACUGCCGACCUGCAUGAGCACAGGGCGCAGUUAUGCAGGUGUGACUGUGAUUGACAAGCCCUUAUGACUGCUCUUGACACCUGCCACUGAUUCGGAGCAGAACGUAUUCUCCUGCUGAAUACUGAUCUUGGAUCUGUCUACGAUGCCAAUGCUUCGAUUGUUGGGGCAGCGUUAGCACAGGCACUGACGACCAUGAAGGAAAAAAAUGACGAGAUUGUUGUUUUUGAGUAUGAAGAUUUUUUGCACUUACCUGAAAAAGGGGGAGCUGUAACCAAGGAGGAGGGAAUCGAACCCGUGUUUCAAUCCCCUCCUGGCAGGACCGCCGCCGCCGUUGCCGCUAGCGACCGGACAUCCCAGUGUGAAGCACCACUGCAGUGUCAUUGAAACGCUACUGAUAUGAAGCUACUAUAACUGCAAAGUUACUUUAACAUUAGUAACAUGAACCAGCUCUGAGAGACGGACCACGGAUGUAAUCUACGGGAGAGGAAGGCAGAGAAGAACCAACCAUUCGGGAGUUUGUUUCUCCUUCGUUUUUAUCGUGUGUGUGUGUGCGUGUGUGUGCGCGUGUGUGCGUGCGUGCGUGUGCGUGUGUGCGCUUGCAUUUAAAGGUUCUCCUUUGCUUGCACAUGUGAGCAUGAGUGUUCGUGUGCACCUGUGUGGUCCGACGCCGCAUGAACGCACUCUGUCUGACCUCUGACCUUUUACAGUGUUGCAGUGUGGCUGUUCAAGAGUGCCUGAAUGUCAAAUUACAACCCCGCUUUUCCUCCUUUUCUCUUCUGCCCCUGCCGUUGUUAUGCCUCGAGUACUGUUAGAGGGGACAGAGAACAGCGGGGGGAACAUUGGAGAACCGACUCCAGAUCGGCGAGGGUGUGUCGGCUGCGUUAGCCCGCAUGAAUUCAGAACAGCGACGUGAGAAAAUGUACAUUUCUUCUUUAUAAAAACAGACUUUAAAGUGGAACUUUUGUCUUCUGUUAAAGGUGAAAAAUCAUCCCUGUUGCCAAAAACAGUGACAGACAGACAGAGAUGAAACAGUUGGAUGUAUCAGUGCUUUACUGUCACCGGCAGCCAUCUUUACUGUGGUUGUAACCACUAAUGACAACAACAGCCUGAACUCACUGCAUGGUCCCGAAAAAGCUCCUCCUACCCUUCCUCCUUUGGUGUAGCAACCCUAUUAACUACUGCACACCCUGACGUACUAUGAAUGUGCCAAUUUUAAUAUGUCUCUCUUCAUUUUCUGUCGCUCUUUACUACUUUACUAAUCUGUUCUCUCUUUCUGGAAAGUGACCAAACCUGCUCUUGAGUUUCUGUUUCUUCCGUCUCUUCCUUCUCCUCCUAUAUUGAUGAAAAAAAAAAGAAAUUGCUAUAAUAGUAACUGGUAUCGCUGUUUUGUUGUCAGUGUAUUGAGGAAUGUCAUGUAGGCUAAUGACUUUGAAAAUGUUUCAUUACUUGUUUUAUAUUAUCAUUAAUAAAUAUGCUUCUUGUAUUUAAAGCUGUGAAAUGACAUAAUCUGUUUUUAAAACUUUGCCAAAUCAGUAAAAACGUUGAAAUGGAACAA